CAGUUCGACAGGAUCCGCCAUUGCUUUUCUUGGCUCGCAUUUGGUUUGUGUUUUCAAUCAUUUUAUGUCCAAAUUUCUGGCAAUAUCUUCAAAUAUUCUCACUUGAUGUACUUCUAACGAUAGCCGAAAGACUGCUCCGCAAGAUGGAAGUGGACAUGAGCUUGGAUGAUAUCAUAAAGAAGAAGAAAAUUGGGGGAAUCGGGAAGAAAGGUGCCAAGAAUGUCAAGAAUGAUUUGGGCGUUAAGAACAAGGGCGUGAAGAAGGCGAAGCAAUCUCAUCAAGCCAAGCCGGCGGUUUUUGACGCAAGGCUGAAGAUAAUCCAGAGGAAUCGCUCGAAGAUUCGAGAUGCCAGGGAUAAACUCAGUGAAAUCGCACGGAAGAGUGACGCCAGACUGAAGAUUGGGAGGAAAAUUAAUGCUCCACUGCCGAAUGGACCAAGAGGCGGCAGGCCAAGACCGCGGAAUGUCACGCCGCGAGGUUACAAUGAUCCGGGAGAUACAUUGUACAUCGGAGCGCCGCGCGGCUAUGUUGACCACGAUCGGAUGGAGUCCGACGAGAUCACUUUUCCAGUCGAAUCCCCCGUGCUGCGCCGCACUGUAAGCAACGACUUUGCUUUCGGGGGCGCCGGACGGCCGAUGAAUUGGUCUGCGGACUCGGAUCCGUUCGAUUUAUAUGAUUUACCUCGCCGAGAUGCUCCUCGUGUGCCGUACAGUAGUCUCCAGGUCUACCCGGGCCCUUCGGAGUCCCUUUCUCCGCGCAAGGGCAUUCUUCGCCGCGGCGGCCUCGAUUCCCCGCCACGAAUCGUGGAGCGGCGCUACAUUCCGGACGAGAAUUCACAGCUGAGCUAUGAGAUGCGCACCCGCCUCGAGCGCGCCCCCGAUCCGCGAGCUUCGGCCGGCAUGUUCGCGCGUCGCGACCCAACGCCAUCUCCGCCGCCCGCCACGGACGGCUAUCGCAUCGUGGUGAGCAAUCUACAUCCGACCGUGACACAGAACGACAUCGUGGAGCUGUUCGAGGACAUCGGGCAGCUUAUGGAGGCGCGUCUCGUGCGUCCCGGCGUAGCGGAAGUGAUCUUCAAGGGUCUGAAGGACGCUGAGCAGGCCGUGGACACUUACCACAAUCGCCAGCUGGACGGACUGCCCAUGAAGUGUCUGCUGGUGAAUCCCAAGUCCGCCAAUACUGUCCAGCGCCCUUCUGGCCUCUCCAGAACUUUCUUCUAGAAAUUGUGGGAAAUCUGUAGUGAGAAAGCAUUAUGUUGAAAGAAAAAGACAAUCCAGCAAGUCCUCAAAAGAGGCUCUCGAAGUUGACAUUGACGCUCUGCAUUCAGUCCUGUUCCGGCAGAAGACGUCCCGCCGCUGAAUUUUCCGCGUGAAUAGCUGAAGAUGAUGAGUAUUUUGAAUUUGAGAAAUGAAAUGAAAUGAAAUAAAAGGACCCACGCAGGAUUGAUUGAACCACUUUGGG